CGAUCAGGGCUUUUAUUUGUUCCUAAAACCCUAACCCUGACUUCUCGUCUACCUUUCUCCGGUGACGAUGGGUAAGGUGGUAAGCGGUGGUGUGGCCAAGGGGAAAAAGAAAGAAGCGACGUUCACGAUUGAUUGCGAUGGAGGAUAAAAUCAUGGAGAUUGCCUCAUUGGAGAAGUUCUUGCAGGACCGGAUCAAAGUUGGCGGUAAAGCCGGAGCUCUGGGCGAUGCCAUUACCAUUUCUCGAGAUAAGAAGAAGAUCACGGUAACCCCUGACUCAACAUUCUCCAAGAGGCAUUGGGUUGUUUCCGUAUCGAUUUUCGUUCUCAGGGCUCUAAGAGGAUUGGGUUCUUUAUUUUUAGCAAUGCAAAUUGUCACAUAGUUUAAUUCUUUCGAAGCAAGUGUAUUUGACUUACAGCUGCAGGAAUGGCGUAUGGAAAACUUAUUAGUUUUAUGAUUUCUCAACUCAAUCCAAUCUUUCAUCUCUCAGGCAUAGAGGGUGCAUCACCGCAAGCAUAUGGCCUGGUAUAUAUAUCUUUUGUUACUAUAUGAUGAGAGAAAGAUAAUAAUCAAAAAUUGUCUUUGCUGUUUCUGGAUAAUUUCUACUUCAUUGUGCUUGCUGUUUCUGGAUUAUGUUGCCAUUUGUUGUUUGGAUGGAUCAUCUAUUAA